AUGGAGUGCGGUGGUGACCUUACAGUUGAUGUAAGAAAACGAAUAAUUGAAACCCAUAACGAGCAUCGUAGGAAAGCCGAAAAGGGAGAAGUAGAGGGCAGCAAAGGGAAGUUGCCUGCAGCUAUGAAAUUAGCUGACUUGGAAUAUGACUGCGGACUGGAGCAAGAGGCUAGGAGGAGAUGCAAAGAUUUCAUAGAUGUCAAUUUCCUUUAUGGAUUGGGAGCCAACGAUGACGUUGUCGUCGGAAAGGGCUGUAAUCCACCCCCGCAACCUGUCAAAGACUUCCUUACAUCAUUUAAUAGAUGGUGGGAACAAUCGAAAUACAUUGAGCCGUCAGAAAAUAAUACAGUACUUCUCAAGCAUAUAUACAACGGUCAACCUUUCGCACAGAUCGCGUCUUCCAAAGUUACGAGGGUUGGUUGCCAGCUCUAUAAGAAAGGACGAUUGACUUCAGUUCUAUGCUUAUAUAACAGUUUCCCUGAACAAGAACGGAAAACAGGGACAGUCGUUGUUUACAAGCACCUGCUGAAAACGAAUCCGAGCGUGUUCCCGCAGGAUGGGGCUCUCCUUUAUGAUCGUGCCGCAGUUCUCUUUUCUGCGCAGAAACAGAUCAAACUAGACGGAGAAGAAAAAGUAUUCAUGUUGCCCGCGAGCUUGGUACCUAGCGCAGGUGAAGAUGCUACGGGUGUUCGUGUCGUGGUUAAAAAAGUCACCGAGGGAUUCCAGGUGACUUCAAACGACUUGGCUAAAGCUGUAAACGUCCGAGACUUUGAGAAGGACAAGGGAAUUCUGGAGGUCGCAGUUUGUGACCUACGGAUCUGGCGUGCACUAUUUAUUCGACCACCGCGCUCUGGGAUUCAGGGAUCAUCAAUGGAUGAAAAAGCACUUAUGGAUGGAAAGUAUAUGGGAAUUGGCUUGUCGAAGAGUGUUAAGGUUUUGGAAGGAGAAGGCCAGUCGUGCAGCGCUUAUGUGGUAACAGACGAUCCAAGGCCGGGGCAAUAUAAUUUAAACACUCAAGCCGCUAUGCAGCCGAUCAAUCAGAAGAACAUUCUCCAGCUGAUAAAGAGUGAGAAGAGAUUCAGGAUAAUGUUGUUUCUAACCUUUUGUCGUGCCGAAUUUGGUGUACAGCCAUACCAAGGACCGAUCAAGGACGCUUGGGACGACGACGCCAAGGACUGCAUCGCUAGCCUGAACCUCUCGAGUAUGCUCCCGAUGGAAGCGAAGCCCAGAUCAUCCAUCAGAGUGAGUCGGUUUCGGCAGUCGGGAAAUAGGAUUGAUACUAUUCCUCUUGUUGCAACUCAUAGCCCGGAUGGACCGACACCAAGACUAGUAUCGUUUACGGGUUCAGGCGACGAGGCCACACAGUUUUCGCUGUGGCUUCGCCGUUUGGAAGACGUGAUGCGGCUGUGUGCUGCGCCUCAACAAAAAGGAGAUUUUCUUAUCUGUUAUUUGGAUGGAGCAGCGCGUGAGAAGGUAGAAGAGUUGAGUCGGCAGGAACACUGCGACUUCAACGCAAUUGUAGCAUUUGAAGGCCCGGUACAUGGCGAGGGGGUGCUUGCCAACAGCAGCCUGGGGAGUCAAGUUAGACAACCCCUUGACGUUCGAGCAAGCGGUAGCGAAGGCUCAAAUGGUUGA